GAUAAAAUGGAGAGGCCGCUGCAUCAGUUGCGCACCAGACUUUUUUUUUUCUCCUCUCAGUGUUUUUUGGAGGAGCAGAAUCACACAGUGGUCAGAGCACGCUAGCUGGAAAAUUUAUGUUUUUUGGAUGACUUUUAUCUGUAGAGGAAUUUUUCAUUUUCAUUAUUUGGACUUUUCCCACACUUGUAUGCAUGGAAAAAAAUGUAUUUUGUGAUCACAUCCUGUCUAAAGAGACAUUUAUUUUUUAUUCAUUUUAUCAUUAUCAUCAGACCAUGAAUGCUAGACAUUGUCAGACAUAAGGAUUGGAAUUCAUUUGAUGGAAGGUAAUCAUGUCCAUGAUGUUUGGAAAAGCGAAGACUUGUAACUUUGCUGCAGCUGCUGAGAGAAGUCCUGCUGAGUGCAACCUGGUGCUGCUCGGGGUGAUGGGCACAGGGAAAUCAGCACUGACUGUGAAAUUCCUCACAAAGCGCUUCAUCAGUGAAUAUGACCCCCACCUAGAGGAUAUUUAUUCAUCAGAGGAGAUUGUGGACCAGCAACCAGUCAUGGUGAGAGUGAUGGACACUUGUGACCAGGAUGGUCCAGUGAACAGUGAGCGCUAUCUGUCCUGGGCCAGUGGCUUCCUCGUAGUCUACAGCAUCAAUAAUAUGGUGAGCUUUGAGGGCUGCCAGCAGUACCUGGAGACACUCGCCCUUCACAACAAAACCUUCAAGAAAGAAACUCCCAUCAUCCUGCUGGGGAACAAGCUGGACAUGGACAGAUACAGGCAGGUGAGUAAGUCUGAUGGUGAAGCCCUCGCCUCUCGUUAUGGCUGUUUGUUCUACGAGGUGUCGGCCUGUCUGGACUUCCGCUCCGUGCAACAUGUCUUCUACGAGGCGGUGAGGAGGGCGAGGCGGGACGGGAAGCGUGGCUGUCUGGUUCCAGCUGUCUACAUCAGUGAGGACAGAGCGCUGCUCAGUCUCUCCUCGGCGCCCUCCUUCACCACCCCCUGCUACAAGGAGCUGCCAGCCCCUGCCACGGCCAAGCUGGUCACCGUGAAGACAUCCAGGGCCCAGAGCAAACGGCGGGCUGCCACACUCACCCUGCUCAAAGGCUUCAAGAUCUUCUGAUCCCCUCCCUGUUAUCCUCUCUACUGACACUGCACUAGAAUUACACUGUGAAAGACUAAUGAGAUAAUGUAGAGAGAGUAACAUUGAUCACUUUACUUUUACUUACAUAUGAGGUGGACACAAUAACAUGAACACUUGUACAAUACACAGACGGGUGACAAAUUAAAGAAAAAACAUAAAUAAAUGAGUGGAGAACAUUCACAAAUACAGCUUCACUGAAUGG